GUCCCCCGUCCCGUCUCUUUUAUUGCAUUUUCUAUCUCCCCAAAACCAAACCCAGCCGCACCAUCGCCUCGCCCUCUCCUCUGCCACGACUGUCGCCCUCUUUCCCUCCGCGUCCGCCUCCUCGUCGACCCAGCGGCUGCCGUUCGCUUUGAGGCUGGUAUUUACCUCUGCAUCGUCACCGGGAACUGUUGCCGGAGCUACAGCAUCCUGAGUUUGGACGCUUGGGCGGGACUAGGAAGCCCAACCUCAAAGCUCCUGCCAGCAGAUUUCUUACCAGCAGAGGUGCGACGCCGUCUUUGCACGCGAGCGAGAAAGGGGAAAAUAACCCACCCCAGCCUCCGCAUCAUCGACAACACCACGCUUGCCAGUUGAGCAUUGCUAUCGAACCGCACGCACGCACGCACUGCCCGCGAUUGCCACAAUAGCUCGAGAGAGCACCACGCUUCACCAUCAUGGCGUACCAAGGCCACGGCGGCCAUGGCCAGGGCCAUGAGUACGGCAGUGGCGGACACCCGAUGCAGGACUUGUCUCCCGGUGGAAACUAUCACAUGCCGCCUCAAGAACACGACGAUGAGGCUGGCCGCUACUUGCUUAAUGAGCCCCCUUCACUGGGUUACGAGCACGACCGUCUCGGCGCCGGUACGCCCCCCGACCGCCCUGUCUCCGCGUACAGCCUCACCGAGUCUUAUGCCCCGGGAGCUGCGCAGCACCCCGGAGCUGGCUCGGGCGCGUUGGGUGAGCACGGGGCGUACGGUCAAUUCCCGCAGGACGGCUACCACUACGACCGCCCGGCCUCGACCUUCAAUGAUGAGGAGGACAGCUGGAUGCAGCGACAGCAGCCCGCCGGCUUCGGCCAGGGCACGGGCGGUGGCCUGAAGCGUUACAAUACCAGAAAGGUCAAGCUCGUCCAGGGCUCCGUCCUGAGCAUUGACUAUCCCGUGCCCAGCGCCAUCAAGAACGCGGUCCAGCCUCAGUACCGCGACGUCGAGGGCGGCAACGAAGAGUUCAUGAAGAUGCGCUAUACGGCUGCUACCUGUGACCCCAACGAGUUUACGCUCAAGAACGGCUACGAUUUGCGGCCCCGCAUGUAUAACCGACACACGGAGCUUCUUAUCGCCAUCACGUACUACAACGAGGACAAGGUCUUACUCUCGCGAACUCUCCACGGCGUCAUGCAAAAUAUUCGCGACAUUGUCAAUCUCAAGAAGUCAACCUUCUGGAAUAAAGGUGGCCCCGCCUGGCAGAAAAUUGUCGUGUGCUUGGUCUUUGACGGUAUCGAAAAGGCCGACAAAAAUGUUCUCGACGUCCUCGCCACCGUGGGAAUUUAUCAAGACGGUGUCAUCAAGAAGGAUGUUGACGGCAAAGAGACCGUGGCCCAUAUCUUCGAGUACACCAGCCAGCUGUCCGUGACACCCGGCCAGCAGCUCAUCCGCCCGACGGGCGACAGCCCGCAGAACCUGCCGCCCGUUCAAUUCAUCUUUUGCUUGAAGCAAAAGAACAGCAAGAAGAUCAACUCCCAUCGCUGGCUAUUCAACGCUUUUGGCCGCAUCCUGAACCCCGAAGUCACCAUCCUCAUCGACGCCGGCACCAAACCCAGCCCACGCUCUCUACUCGCGCUGUGGGAGGGCUUCUACAAUGACAAGGACCUGGGAGGCGCUUGCGGUGAGAUUCACGCCAUGUUGGGCAAGGGCGGCAAGAAGCUCUUCAACCCCCUCGUCGCAGUUCAAAAUUUUGAGUACAAGAUAUCCAACAUUCUCGACAAGCCCCUCGAGUCGUCGUUCGGCUACGUCAGUGUGUUGCCCGGUGCCUUCUCCGCCUAUCGAUUUAGAGCAAUCAUGGGCCGUCCGCUGGAGCAGUACUUCCACGGCGACCACACGCUGUCCAAGAUCCUAGGCAAGAAGGGCAUUGACGGCAUGAACAUCUUCAAAAAGAACAUGUUCUUGGCCGAGGACCGAAUCCUGUGUUUCGAGCUGGUCGCCAAGGCCGGUCAGAAGUGGCACUUGACCUACAUCAAGGCCGCCAAGGGUGAGACCGACGUGCCCGAAGGCGCUGCCGAGUUCAUCAGCCAGCGUCGUCGUUGGCUCAACGGUUCCUUUGCCGCCUCGUUGUACUCUUUGAUGCACUUUGGUCGUAUCUACAAGAGCGGUCACAACAUCAUCCGCAUGUUCUUCUUUCACAUCCAGCUCAUUUAUAACUUCCUCAACCUGAUCUUCUCCUGGUUCUCUCUGGCGUCUUACUACCUGACGACGACUGUCAUCAUGGACCUUGUUGGCACUCCGGUCGUCGCCUCGUCGAGCACGUCGGAGCACCACGCCUGGCCUUUUGGUGAUACGGCAACGCCAAUUAUCAACGCACUGCUCAAGUAUCUCUACUUGGCCUUUGUCAUUCUCCAGUUCAUCCUGGCCCUGGGUAACCGUCCGAAGGGCUCCAAGUUCACCUACAUCGCCUCUUUUAUGCUUUUUGGCUUGGUUCAGGGCUACAUUCUGGUGCUCUCUGGCUACCUCGUCGCGCGCGCCUUUGACACGCCCAUCGAGGACCAGAUCAAGCUCGAUUCGGGAGCGGACUUCGUCAAGAGUUUCUUCUCGGGAUCCGGUGCGGCUGGCGUCAUCCUGAUUGCUCUCAUCACCAUCUACGGAUUGUACUUCUUGGCGUCGUUUCUGUACCUGGACCCGUGGCACAUGUUCCACUCCUUCCCCUACUACCUCCUGCUCAUGUCGACGUACAUCAACAUUCUCAUGGUGUACGCCUUCAACAACUGGCACGACGUUUCGUGGGGCACAAAGGGAUCCGACAAAGCGGAAGCUCUGCCGUCCGCGAAUAUCACCAAGGGCGAAAAGAACGAGGUCGUCGUGGAGGAAAUCGAGAAGGAGCAGGAAGACAUCGACAGCCAGUUUGAGCAGACGGUGCGCCGCGCUCUCGCCCCCUUCAAAGAGGUGGAGGAAGUGGAAAAGAAGGACGUCGAGGACUCGUACAAGUCCUUCAGAACCGGCCUGGUCGUGUCCUGGCUCUUCUCCAACAUUCUUCUGGUCAUUGUCAUUACUAGCGACAACUUCAACUCGUUUGGCAUCGGCGUAAGUCUCCUUCGGAACCCAUCUCCCCCAAACACACACAAACACCGCGGCAUUACUGGAAUCCUGAAGGCGAUAGCUGACAUGUCUUGCAGAAAUCGGCGUCGGUCCGUACCGCCAACUUCUUCAAGUUUCUGCUGUACGCUACAGCAGUUCUGUCGCUGGUUCGGUUCAUUGGCUUCCUGUGGUUCUUGGGCAAGACUGGCAUCAUGUGCUGCUUCGCACGCAGAUAAGAGUCUACAUCGGAUCUGGUUUACCGCGACGUCGGGCACGUGGCUGUGUUUGGAAAACGGUGGCUUUACAGGCAAUACGGGUCAUCACUUGGGGUGUCGACUGUAGACAAAUUGGCUCAUCUGGGACCACGUCCCACUGUAACGAUUGUUCGGUUUUAAUGCAUGGCAAUACCUAUUCGAACUUCUUCCUUGCA